AGGGGCAGUAGAACAGCAGAGAUGGACCCCGGUGAGCAGAUGCAGCGCAGAGAGACACUCCCGCACCUGGACGUGUGUGUGGAGGACAGCGCCCCCUGGGGGGGGGUCCUGGCCCUGAUGCAGGCGCUGCGGCCGCACUGGGACCCCGCCCGCAUCCAGCUGAAGUUCUUCACAGAGGGCAUCACUAACCUCCUGAUGGGGUGCUGGGUGGAGGGCCCGGUGGGCCCGGUGGAGACGGUGCUGGUUCGGGUGUAUGGGCGGCACACAGAGCGCUUGGUGGACCGGGCCAGAGAGAGGGCCACCCUGCAGCUGCUCCAGGCCCACGGCUGUGGCCCACGGCUCUACUGCAGCUUCACCAACGGGCUCUGUUACCAGUACCUGAGCGGCAGGGUGCUGGAGGACAGACUGCUGAGAGAGCCUGCAGUCUACAGGCUGAUCGCGGCUGAGAUGGCGAGGAUCCACUCGAUCCCCAGAAGUGGAUCCCCCGCGCAGCCCGUGCUGUGGGAGAAGGUCUCCGGGUUCCUGCAGCUGGUCCAGACGGCGGAAACAAAACCGCCGGGUCCAGAGGGGACUCUGCCCGGACUUCCUGGCCUGCAUGUCCUCCAGAGGGAAAUGGAGGCUCUGAGACAGCACCUCACCCAUGUCUCCUCCCCAAUCGUGCUGUGCCACAACGACCUGCUGACCAAGAACAUCAUCUACAACCAGCCUGAGGGUUCGGUGCGCUUCAUCGAUUAUGAGUACGCCGACUACAACUACCAGGCUUUCGACAUCGGUAACCACUUCAACGAGUUCGCAGGUGUGGAGACUGUGGACCCCAGCCUGUACCCCAGCGUGGGCCUGCAGAGGGACUGGCUGGCCACGUACCUGCGCAGCUACAAGCAGGCUCUGGGGCUCUCCACCGGGGUCUCCGACCAGGAGCUGCAGGGGCUCUACGUCAGAGUCUGCAAGUUCUCUCUGGUCUCACACUUUCUCUGGGGGCUCUGGGCUCUCCUUCAGGCCCGAUACUCUACGAUCGACUUCGAUUUCCUGAGGUAUGCCCUGGCAAGAUUCGACUUCUACUUUGAGAAGAAAGAAGAGUACUUUGCGAUGAAACUUCCUGAUUAAGCACACGUGACAUGUUUGUCCUACAGCGACACAGGCUUGAUGAAGGCCUCACACACAUCCUGCCAUCACGGGGAGAUGCUGUGUAUAACCUGUGAUUGUGUGCACACACACGCGCACGCACACACGCAC